AUGGGAGAAGGCGUUGGUGACAAAGCUAUCUCAAGAUUCAUUGAAGCGGGACUCUGGAAACAAGGUGCACUAUGGCAAUAUCCAAGCUUCCAAGGCUGUCGGCCUGUCGCUGAUAUUAUUCGUACUACUUUGGGUCCACGAUCUAUGCUGAAGAUGCUGCUUGAUGCAGCUGGAGGUAUCGUGGUGACAAAUGAUGGAAAUGCUAUUCUCCCGAGAGUUAGAUAUUGCACAUCCUGCGGCAAAGCUGGUGAAAUGCUCCACGUUGCAGAAGCAUUCAUUGACAAAAACUAUCAUCCUACAGUCAUCUGUCGAGGUGCAUCUAUGUUAGGACUUGUCAAGAGUUCUAUUGGGACAAAAUUUACUAGUCAAUUUGGGGAUCUGAUAGCAGAUUUAGCAAUAGAUGCCAUAACCAGGGUUGGUGUGGAUCUUGGCCGAGAUCUACGUGAGGUCGAUAUCAAGAUGUACAUUAAGGUAGAAAAGGUUCCUGGUGGCCAGUUGGAAGAUUCAAUGGUUUUGAAAGGAGUCAUGUUUAACAAGGGUGUUGUUGCUCCAGGUAAAAUGAGAAGAAAAAUACUAAAUCCAAGAAUCAUCCUUCUUGAUUGCCCCCUUGAGUACAAGAAAGGAGAGAACCAAACCAAUGCCGAAUUGUUAAGAGAAGAAGAUUGGAGUGUCUUGCUAAAAAUUGAAGAAGAAUACAUAGAUAACCUAUGCAUGCAGAUACUGAAGUUUAAACCGGAUUUGGUAAUAACUGAAAAGGGGCUUAGUGAUCUUGCCUGCCAUUAUCUAAGCAAAGCCGGUGUCAAUGCAAUCAGAAGGCUUAGGAAGACGGAUAAUAACAGAAUUGCCAAGGCAUGUGGGGCAGUUAUUGUUAACAGACCCGAUGAGUUGCAGGAAUCUGAUGUUGGUACUGGUGCUGGUCUAUUCGAGGUAAGGAAAAUUGGAGAUGAGUUCUUUUCAUUCAUUGUUGAUUGCAAAGAUCCAAAAGCAUGCACAUUACUUUUGAGGGGUGCUAGCAAGGAUCUACUGAAGGAAGAGGAGAGAAAUUUGCAGGAUGCAAUGUCUGUAGCAAGAAAUAUAAUAAUAAAAAAUCCAAAACUUGUUCCUGGUGGAGGUGCUACUGAGUUGACCGUCUCUGCUAUGUUGAAGCAAAGAAGUUCUUCUAUUGAAGGCAUAGAAAAGUGGCCUUAUGAAGCUGCUGCAAUUGCUUUUGAGGCUAUACCACGGACUUUGGCACAGAAAUGUGGAGUCAAUGUGAUUCAAACUAUGACUGCCUUGCAAGGAAAGAAGAAGCAGGCACCUGGAGCAAGCCAAGGUCCAUCAAAGCCUAAAAUCGAGGAGGAAGGUGAUGCUGAUAACGAGCAAAUGAUUCCUGAAUAA